AAAAAAAAAAAUCAAAAAACAAAAAAAUCAUGGCCAGACCGAAAUUUGGUACACCCACUGUAUGAGAGAUCCUCCCAUGGGUUCUAUGCUCUCCCACUUGUUUUUUUGAGUAUAGCAUGUUCUUUGCUCUCGGUAGCAGUUUUGCUACUGGCCGGAACCUCAGAGGCUGGGUUGGAUCCUUGUACUGGGGAUUCUAGUCCUGUCCUCUCCGCUGCUACGAGCCGAGAUCCCGAUCCCCGCGAGUUCGGGAUGAGGAGGCCGAGGGCGGAGAGUACAAACUCCUCGUGGCGACUUCUCAGAGAGAAUGGGGGUUUGGGCGUGGCCGCGAUCACCUACGUGCUCGUGGACUACCUCCGCGAGGUGUCUCCCUCGUGGCACGAGCGCCUCCAGCCAGCGCUCUGGGCGGCGCUGGCCCUCGCCGCCUUGGCCCGGGCCCCCUUCUACCGCCACUGGUCGCUGGAGAUCCGGGCGGCCCUCCCCUUCCUCGUCUCCUUGGCCUUCCUGCUCGCCGCCCUCCUAUGCGAGGCCAUCUCCGUCCGCUUUGUCUCCGCCGUUCUCGGCCUCGACUGGCACAGAUCCGCUUCUCCCCUUCCUGAUACGGGUCAGUGGUUGCUGUUAGCACUGAAUGAGAAGCUUCCUCAGGUGGUGGUUGAUAUACUAAGAGCUCACAUUAUUGGACUUCAUCAUUAUCUGAUGCUUUUUAUGAUGCUAGGCUUCUCUGUGCUUUUCAACUCUAUUAAAGCUCCAGGCCUUGGAUUUGCUACAAGGUAUUUGUUUACACUGGCUAUAGGCCGACUCCUUCGCGCCAUAACAUUCGUUUCCACAAUUUUUCCAUCAGUCCGACCCUGGUGUGCAUCAUCUCGAUAUCAAAUACCUCCGCACCCUCAUCCCUGGGCACAGAAAUAUUAUGAGCCAUAUGCUUCUGAUCCUAAAGCCAUUCGCAGGCUAAUACAAACCGAUACGCAUUAUGCAUAUGUAAAGGAAUACCCUGUUGAGUACCGACCAGAUUGGGGGCGUAUGAGCUUCCUGGUAGAUAUACUGAGGCCUUCUGUUUCAGAGGGAUCUCGAUGGUACCAUUUGCUAAAGAAAGCUAGUGGUGGAUGCAAUGACCUUAUGUACAGUGGCCACAUGCUUGUUGCUGUACUGACUGCUAUGGCAUGGACGGAAGCAUAUGGAGGCUGGACCUCUGCUCUGAUAUGGCUACUAGUUCUGCAUAGUGCCCAGAGGGAGGUACGUGAGCGUCACCAUUACAGCGUUGAUUGCAUUGUGGCAGUCUAUGUUGGCAUCCUCCUGUGGAGGGUGACCGGCUUUAUUUGGUCGGCUAAAGACACCUCUAAAGCCAAAAGACUCGCCAAACUUGAUGAGGUCCAAGGCAGACUUAUGCAUGCAGCAAAAGAUUCAGACAUUGAUGAGCUAAGGAAACUCUUAAUGGAGGUGGACUUGGCAGGUCAAGAGAGGCAGAGUUCGCAAUGGGCCAUCUGGGCAUUUGCUGGCAUUGCCACCACCUUCUUGCUCAGCUGCAUCCUCCUAGCCUUUAUAUGGACGAGUGAUGGUUGAUUGAUUGCUCACAAAAUGGUAGGGCAUGCUUGUGUUGUAUUUGAACCAUAUUGCUUUUAGGUACCAUUUGGAAAUUCAAAGGCUUUGCAAUUGUGUACUUUGCCUUAUGCACAGGAAGAACAUGAUGAAACUAAUUUUCCAGACAAAAUAA